AUAACAAAAUCAAAACAAUAAAGGGAAUACAAACGGAGGAGGAAGAAGAAGAUGAAUCGUUUUGUGGUGAAGUCGGUGAUGCGGGGCCUAAUCAAUGGCCGAAGCUACUGCAGUGGCGGCAGCAUAAGCGGUGGACAUGCGUACAGGUCCGCCAUAGUUGGGAGGAGCUUGCAAUUGAGCGGACAACAUAACGGUGUUACGUUUGGUGGAUUUGAAUGGAGAAGGAUGAUGAGCUCUGCUCCUGCUUCUGUGGAAAAAGCGACGUCCGAAAGGGAGGAGAAAACCGAGAAAUCGGCGGCGGAAGAGACGAAAGGGAAGGAGGUGGUGACGUCGAGUUAUUGGGGGAUUUCAAGGCCGAAGGUCACCAGAGAGGAUGGCACCGAUUGGCCUUGGAAUUGUUUCAUGCCAUGGGAAACUUACAGAUCAGACUUGUCAAUCGAUUUGAAAAAGCACCAUAAGCCAAAGAACUUCAUGGAUAAAUUUGCUUACAGGACAGUCAAGAUCCUCCGCAUUCCCACAGAUAUAUUCUUUCAGAGACGGUACGGCUGUCGAGCUGUGAUGCUGGAAACAGUGGCGGCUGUUCCCGGCAUGGUCGGAGGGAUGCUUCUGCAUCUGAAAUCUCUCCGCAAGUUCCAGCAGAGUGGAGGUUGGAUCAAAGCCUUGCUGGAAGAAGCCGAGAACGAGAGGAUGCAUUUAAUGACGAUGAUAGAGCUUGUGCAACCCAAGUGGUACGAGAGGCUCCUCGUUCUUACUGUACAGGGAGUCUUCUUCAAUGCCUUCUUUGUACUUUAUUUGCUUUCUCCCAAAUUAGCACAUAGAAUUGUUGGGUAUCUGGAGGAGGAAGCCAUUCACUCAUACACAGAGUAUUUGAAGGACAUUGAAAGUGGUAGAAUCGAAAACGUUCCGGCCCCUUCCAUUGCAAUAGAUUACUGGAGAUUGCCUAAAGAUGCUACGCUGAAGGAUGUUAUCACUGUGAUCCGUGCCGAUGAAGCUCAUCAUAGGGACGUAAACCAUUUUGCUUCUGAUAUACAUUUUCAGGGUAAGGAGCUGAGAGAAGCGCCUGCUCCUCUUGGUUAUCAUUAAGGUCUGUGGAGAUUCUUUCAGAUACUAGUGCUUGUGUUGCAUAUUUUUCUUCUUGUAUAUCGAUGGGACCACGAUUACUAUAAAGAUGAAUCAAUAAUCCACAAAAUGGAUGAAUUGUAUGACAAUUAUAGCUGAAGGCAUGGCUAUUGAGUUUAAACAGUUUAUGGACUGACA